AUGUUUAUCUUGCUACUGGUAUUUGUGAUAAUUUUGCUUGUUGCUGUCACGAUAUUCUUGCCAGCAGUGGCUGGUGUUGCCAAGUACAACUUGGAGCAUAAGAGGGAAGCGGUCGAUGAGUAUGCCCAAGAACACAGUGGUUUCGAGGGUGAGUACAUACCACCGGAUGAACUCCAGAAGAGGGAUGAGGAUCGAAAGGCUAAGUCGGGCAAAUUUGAAAAGAUAAAGAACGCAACCAUGAGUGAUUUGCCCUUGAAGUUCAAGGCUGAUCUGCCGAACAUCCGCAAGCGCAACACCACCCAGAAGUCCACUGGGCAGUUCGAUCCAGAAGAGGUUUAUAAGAGAAGAAACCCGGACACCUACGACUACGAUCUGGACGAUAUUAUAAACGAGGAGCUUGAGAACGAUAGAAGAGAACAAGCGAAACAACCGGCCUAUUACACCAACGACCCUGCGGAAAGGCAGAAGAGACUGGAGGAGUUGAUGUAG